AUGGACAGCGCAGGCUCGACGGCCGACUCGACACGCCCAGCCCUUCCAUCCACCUCGACUACCCACGCAUCCUCCUCGUCCUCUUCCGGGCAUGGAGAGCAGCCUCGACACCAGAAUGGUAACGGCAGACAUGACGACCGCCGUCCCCAGAACGGCACCAAUCACGCCAACGGGGGCAGAGCAGGCAACGCGGCCAGCGAUGAUGAGGAGGAGGAGGGUAUGCUCCAUGUAACGGAGGAGGGUCAGAUUGAGGAAGAGGUCAGCCGCGACCCUGUCAGUAACGGCAGCCUCGCCGGCCGUCUCCAGCCGCUGCCCGACAAAGGGCCGACCGAACCACCUCCGCCAUCCCAUCGACGACUCACCUCCGACAAGUCCAAGGGCGGGCCGCGUGCCAGGGCGGGCGUCUCUCGACAUGGCUCUCCUCGUGCGCCCGUCGUCCCGUACCCUGAUCGCGGCGACCGCUUCUACGAGGCAUCGCCGGCUCCCUCGACCUACAGCGCAUCGAGGCAGCGCUUCUCGUACGCUGGCGAAAGCGCCUCGGUGUCCUCCCCCACCUCGGCCAUCCCGCCCUACUCGCCCGGCGCCUACGCAUACGGAGCCCCGCAUCGCGACCGCGAUCCAACAAGGAGCGAUUCUUACGCUCCUCCGACGAGAUCGAGCUUCGGCGGGAGUGUUUCAUCAUCCAGAGCCGAACCGCUUCCGUCCAGGCGUGGUGGUGGCGGUCCAGCAGGAGUUGGCGGUGGCGGCGGCUACGCUAGUCCUGCCGCUGCCGCAAGAGCGCCAGAUACCUACCGCCCCGGCGCAGCAGCAGCGGCAGCGUCCGCUGCCGCCAUCAGGGACAGGGAUCGGGACUGGGACUGGGAACGCGAGCGCGAUCGUGAUUGGAGCGUCGAGCGGGAGCGGGACGCGUAUCGAUACCGCGAGCUGGAGCGGGAGAGGGAGUGGGAGCGCGAGCGAAGCCGCGCGGCGAUGCUCUCCUCUUCGGCCGCCGCCUACGAUCCUCUCAUCGAGCCCGUGGCUGGACAUCCGGCCUACGCGGCGGCGUCCAAGUACGGACCGGAUCGCCUCGACUAUCCUCCGCACGCUCUGGCUCCGCCUGGGCGGGAACGGGACCGGGACUACGAUCGGGACUGGGACUACGAGCGGGACUGGGACCGGGAUAGGGAUCGGGAGCGCGACAGCCUCCGUGAGAGGGAGAGGGACAGGGAGAGGGAUAGGGAUAGGGACAGGGAGAGGGAUGUGCAGCGGGAUCGCCUCCCGCCGCGGGACCAGCGGACGUGGGGUGCCGUCAACGCUCAGCCUCCAGCUUCGACGGGCUGGCGGCAGUGGGGCAGCAAAUCGUCCGACAGCGGCCGUGGCGACCAAAAGGAGCGACGUCCGGGCGACAACGAUGCAGCGUCUCUAGACGCGGGACGUGCAGCAUCUGCCAAAUCGCGAUCUUCUCCCUCUUCCCGGGGCAACGACGCCGACAGCCGUGCACCCGCAUCCAACGCCUCUGGACCGCGAUCCGACAAGGGCGAUGACCGGGCGUCUUCACCUUCAGCCAUAAAGUCACCGCCUCAAACCGCAUCGACGAAGCCGGCUCCGACCGCACCUUCUGUGCCAACGGCCACAUCGGGCGAGCAGGAUCAGGACAGGCGGGCUCCGAGCCCUGCAAACUCGCAUCGAUCCGCAAAGGACUUGGAUGCUGGAUCCGGCCCCCGAUCUUCUCCGCCGCAAGUAAAGGAACCUCGACUGGCAACUGCGGAAGUCAAGGCGGAGAACGUAGCGGAGCAGCCCGCGUCAGAGGGAUCGCAGAAGGCAUCGAACGAACCUUUGUCGUCGAUCGCGCAGGACGGAAACGACAAACGAGAACAAGCUCUAGCACACCUGGCUGAUUCCUCUCUCGCCGCGCAGCCGAGCGCCUCCGAGACUGAGCCAGCCAAUAGCUCGACGAGCAUCGCAGAGGAUGUGGCGUCGGACAAGCUCGCUCAGAGCAAGCCCGAGAGCUCGACAGCUUCAGCGUCCACGGAGGACGAGCAGAAGUCGACAGAAUCCGCGGACGCUGGCGAAGGGGAUGCGGCAGUGACAGCGCUUGCGAACGUAGGCGCUACCGAGGACGUCACCAUGGCCGAGGUCACGACGGACGAGCCGCAGAGUCUCGCGCCAGACUCGAAGGCCACGGAGCAGCACCUCGAAGGCGCCCAGUCUCCCAAGCCUACGGCCGAUGCCGUAGAUUCCUUCGCGAACGAGGAGGACCUCGAGACUAAGGAGCAAGGCAGUUCCCUUCCUCCUAGCCGCGAGCUCGAGAAGCCGGGCGCCGAGGAGCGGCGGAGCACUGACGCCAAAAGCCAAGCAGCAGAACCUGCCUCGAUCGGGCUCGAUGCGAUUGACGUAGUCAGGAGGGAUUCUCCUGGCUCUCGCGCCGUCGAACAACAGGUUCCGGCGCCGCAGGAUGCAUCCGCCGACAACGAGGUCAUGGCAUCCGAUGGGGUUCGCGACGAGGCGGACAAGAAGGCAGCGGCUCAGGGAGGGAACGACGCGCUUCAGUCCGCCAAUGUCGGAGAAGGCACCGUGGCCUCGCGCGACGCAGCGCCAGCGCCAUUGGUCGCGGUGGAGGUCUCUCUUCCACCCUCGGCUCCAGUCGAGCCAAAGAGCGACGCGGACGGCGACGCUGAUGCGGCUGUCGUCAAAGACGGCGAGCUCACGGGCAUGGAAGACGUCAAAGCCCCCGAAGCUCGCGACAAGCCCAGGCAGGACGGCGACGCUCCUGCUCCAGAAGCGCCGCGGGAGCCGAUGCCCAGCUCAAGCCACGUCGCGCUUCCACACAGCUCGAGCAUCGCCGAGGUCACGGAUCUGCCUUCGAUCGAGCGGUACACUCAAGAAGAGGUGGCCGAGGCAAAGGCUUUAGCUGCCAAGCGGGAGGCAGGGCCGGACGCAAAGGAGCAGGCGCACGACGACACCGACAAAGAGGUUCGCGACCCUGUGCCACUGCCGACGGAGAUCAAGUCCGUCGAAAGUCCGCCGAAAGAGGUUUCUGCCGCAGCUCCUGCUGAAGCUGCCCCGGAAGGCCCCGAGCCAAGCGCAGUGGAGGCGGUCAGGAACAGCGACGGCACCUCCGCUGUAGUGCGCAAUCAAGAAGCGGCUACCGGUGCUUCUGCAAGCGCUGCUCCCGUCCCAUCUGCGCCGGAUAUCAAGCAGGAAGCUGGAGCGGUCGCGGAUGUCGAGAUGGCCCCGGCUGAACCGCUUCCAGCUAUCGAACGACAGGCCUCGCCUGAGCGCGCGGCAAUGGAUGAGGACACCGCAGUGCCACCAGCAAGUGGUCCGCCUGCUGCAGCGGAGUUAACUGUCGCACCGUCCAAGCCAGAUGGUCCGACUGAAGACACCCUCCCGGCCGCCAAGGCAAAGGACGAGCGCGGCGGCGAAAUCGAUUCUACAUCCGCAGGCACACAAGCUGGAUCGACGGCCGAGCCGACCCUUCCUCCUCGUCCUGCCCUGGCCGAGACCCGAAAAGACCAGGAGACGGCUUCGCCGGAAGAGGGUGGUGGGAUUGACGUCGCAGGACGGGAGCGGCCCAAGACCAAAGCCGACAAGGCGAUGAGGGUCCCACAUCCCGAGGAUGCCGGGCUGAUCCCCGUCAAUCCGGCUUUGGAGCUCAGAGCCGAAGUUGAGCAGGCCGAGGCUGUCGAGAGCGUGCAAAAGGCGGCGCGCGGGCGCCUUCCAGCGUUGCAGCUGCGUGGUCUGCACGACGGGUCCGCUGUUGAGCUCGAAGCGCCGCUCUUCACGCCGCGCACCGAAGAGGAGAGGCAGAAGGCCUCGAGACGGCUCGCUCUCCAGAUCCUCUCGGAGCAGCGCAUCAGCGAGCGCGACUGCAGGGUCGUCAUUCGCGAGAACCAGGAACUCUCGCGCAAGACGACGCUCGACCAGCUCCACGCCGCCGUCCACGGGGUGCCACUCAGCGUCAGCGAGGGCAAGCCGCUGUGGAGGGACGAGGACGACAAGUCGUUUGCACGCACCCACGCAAAGCUGAUGGACCAGCUGCUCGCCAAGCGCAGACGGCUCAAUGCCAAGGUCGACCGCCUCAAGCAGCAGUACCGCACUAUCAACGAAGAAUGGCAGGUCCACUGCGCACGGCUCGACCGCAUCAUCGAGCGGCGCGAGCUGCAGAGGCGUCCCCUCGUCAGCACGCCCCAGACCCCGGCCGGUGUCGCCCCCGACGAUGCGGGCAGCGGCAUGCUGAGCAACAAUGUCAUGAUGAGCCGCACCAAUCGCCGCGGCCAGCAGGCCGGCUUCGCGGGGUUUGGCGACGCGGUGCGGUCCGAGGCCGAGUUCCUCGAGAUCCUGGCCUCGCUCGAAAACGCCGAUAUGCAGGACCCCAGCAUGCGCGCGGCGCGGACGACGGCGACGGUGCCCGACAUGGAGCUGGACCCGGACAGCGACCAGCCGGUCAAGCUCGACUACGACGACUCCAACGGCUUCGUCGCCGAUCCGGUGGGCUUCUACCUCUCGGACUUUGACCCGGAUGUCUGGUCUGAAGAGGAGAAGGCCAUCUUUGCCCGGCGCUACGCGCUGUGGCCAAAGCAGUUUGGCAAGAUCGCCCAGGCGCUGCCGCACAAGACGCCGGGCCAGUGCGUCGUCUACUAUUACCUCAACAAGAAGGCGCCGGGCAACGACUUCAAGGCGCUGGCUGCGGCGCGCAACCGGGAGCGGAAACGCAAGACGCGCGUCAAGCCCAAGAAGGCCAAGGGCAGCGCGCUCAUGGCCGACCUCAAGUCGGCCAAGGGCGACGAGCUCGACGACGACGACGCCGGCCCGCCGUCCCCGACCGAGCCGGGCGAGUCGGCCAAGGCAGACGUUGCCGCGCCUGCGACCGCCAACCCGUCUCGCCGCGGCGGCACGCGGCCCAAGAUGACGGCUGCUCCAAUCGACGGGGGGCAAGGCGCUGGUGGCGACGAUGGUGCCGCAGCGGCGGGCACCAGUGCUGGCAAGAAGAGGUCGGCCACGGACGACGCAGUCGAUGCUGAUCAGCAGGAGACUCGUCCGUCGGACAAGAAGAAGUCGGGUUCCAAGGCGAAGCGCGCCAAGACAGAGGCGGGCGGCGAAAAGGUGAAGCGAGGCAAGGCGACGGUCAAGCGGGAGAGCACCGCCGAGACGCCAUCAGCCGUGGCCGGGACCAAAGUUGCCGGCCCCGCCACAGGGCCUGACGUCUCGUCCGGCGAGGCACACGCGGCGAUCCCAGGCCCCAAACAUCAGCAGUCGCCAGCGCAGGCGUCGGACACCACGGAUGUAGCGAGCGCGGCUCCUGCAGCACCGCCAGUUGGUCCUCAGCACGCAGACAGCGAUCUUGCUGCAGCCGAGGCUUUGGGCGCUCUGGCUGGACUGUUUAGCUCGGCGCCUGCGACUUCCGCCGCCACCACCGCAACAGCAGCACCGGCGCCGACGCCGGUGUCAGAGUCCGCCACCCGAGCUGACUCCACCGCCGAGGCAGGGCCCGAUGUCUCGAUGUCCAACGACUCGGAUCUUCAAAAGGCACCCAAGAAACGUCGAGGCGGCGCCGCCGGCAAGAAUGGCGUGGUCGAGCUCGGCGAAGGCGGAGAGCCAGUCGCCGUCAAGGUCAAGACGCGGCAGCCGACGUCGUCCUACUGGUCUGUGGCUGAGCGCUCCGAGUUCCUUCGCUCGCUCGCACUGCACGGCAAAAACUGGGAUGCCAUCGCCUCGGCGCUCUCUCAAAAGUCGGCAGCUCAGGCGCGCAACUACUUUGCACGCAACGCGGCCGAGCCCGACUUUACCGAGGCGGCGAUGCUGGCCGAGCAAAACGCAGGCCUCUCCCUCGACGAGAGGAUGGACGCCGCCUCCGCUUUCGCCCGCCAGCGCUUCAGCGGCAGCAGUGCCCACGUCAGUGCAAACGCUGCCGCCGCCGCCGCCGCCGCUGCUGCCAGCACAAUAGCCCGCGGCCCGUCGCCCAUGGGGUCGAGCGGACUGCCAACGCCCGUCACCGCUCCCGAGGUCAAUAGGAGCAGCUACUUUGCCACUGUCACGGCGCUGCCCCGCGCCACGUCGGCAGCGCCCAUGGGUCAGCCGGCUGCGCCGCGGGUCGUGUCGGGAGGGUCGAUCGCUCCCGAUUCGCCGCCCCCGUCGGGCUACCGCGGGCUGCAGAUCAACAGCCUGCUCAAUGAGGAGAGCUUGACCGACCACGACCGAAAGCGACGAUCCUCGAUCCACGACUGGUUCGGCGAUCGCGGCGACGGUGAAGGUGCCGCCAUCAACGCCAGCAGCGGCGGUCCUGCGGAACGCUCGGUCCAUGGCGACGGUCUCGACCGUAUCGGAACAGCGUCCCGCAGCGUCGCAGCAGACGUGGAGCGUCGUCCGCUGACGUCCGACGGCCCGCAGAGCCGCUACGUCCCCGCCGGCGAGCUCGCAGCGACGGCCAAGCGUUACGAGGCGUUCGGCGUCCAACGUCAGCCGAGCAGCAGCGCCACCUCUUAUGCCGGCAUGCCACCGCCCUCGGCGUUCCAGGUGGAGCGGGCUCCGAGCGUAUACCCCUCGCGCCAUUCAGCUUCGCAGCCUCCCCCGACGGCACAGGCGCAGCAACACCAGCAACACCAGCAACACCAGCAACAGCACCAGCACCAGCAGCAGCAGCAGCAGCAGCACCCGCCUUCGCACCUGCACCGUCCUUCGCCUCCAACCUUGCCGCCGCCAUCCGGCGCCCUCGAGGCAUUCCCGCCGGCGCCGGCACAGCCGGCACCUCCUUCGAGGUACAGCACGCAGCCAGAGUACCGCACUUCAGAGCCCAGCUUGGCUCACCGAUCUGCUCCGCCCCUCUCUCCCCGCGAGGCGUCCGAGCACACGCUGCCGCCAGUCCACGCGGGGCCUGCACGUCCGACCGGCCUCGCCUACGAGCGUGCCUCGUCUGCGGCACCCUCGCAUCCGGCAUUGCCGCCGUACGGUCGCUAUUCGGCCUCGCCCGGUCCCUCGGCCAUCUACGCCAGCCAUGCUCCCUCGUCGCUGGCGAUGCGCGGACGGACGCUACCCGGCGCGGCCUACGCACAGCCCAGCGGCUCGACGACCGAUCGAUCGCCCGAGGACCUGCACCGAUCAAUGACGAAGCCCUACUCGACCUACAGCAGCCAGGGGCCCGCAGCGCGUCCCUCGCUCUCCCCCUCGACGGCGGGCGGCGUGCCGCUGCCCCCGACGCUGCCGAGCCUCUCGGCGGGCGGACGUUCGUUGCCCCCGCUCCUCGGAACGUUUGGCAGCCGCGCCAUGCCUCCCUCGCUCAGUCGGCCUACGCGUCCGAUGACGCCCGACGAGCAGCGAUGGCACCACCACCAGCAACAGCAGCAGCAGAGGGAGCAGGAGAGGUAG